AUGGCUCCCAAAUCAUGUCUCGAGGAGCUCCCUAAUGAGAUACUUCUAGAAGUCCUGUCGUACCUCGAGCCAAGAGACCUGACUGCACUGCAACGCUGCUCUAAGCGACUGCUGCGCAUUUGUCGAGAUAAUUUUUUCUGGCGUCUGCGAUGUCUCGACGAGUCCUCCUUUUUAGAGGGCGUGCAACGUCGCCGCCAGCUCCGAUUCUCGGACCUCGACGACGAAAACCUAGUCAGCACUGCGCCGAGGUCCUCGUCACCAGGCCCGAAUGCAGAGCCGGGGGAAGCCACGCCAGCGGCCUCGAAAAAGGCCGUUGAGAACGAGCGGACACGAGUCCUCGCCAACUGGGAUCCGACUUUUCCUGACGAGAAGGUCAAUUGGUACAAUGAAUACAUACAGCGCAAUGCGCCAGUCGUUGUCAGUUGGUUCGAGCAGGCGCAAGUCAGAGAUGGCGACCUGAAUGACGCGAUUGAAGUCAAGGGCGCCGCUCUCUACCGUCCUUCCAACGAUGCGCAGUCGCUUUUUGCAGUCGCGCCACUCGAUGACGGCUCAGUAUGCUUGUGGGACGUAAAGGGCACAUGCAAAAAGAAGGGAUCAAUCUUUUCCAAAAGCAGGGAAGGCUUGCUUCGCAUGGACAGCCUCACAGUGUCGUCACGGUCGAAAAUGCCGAGCAUUGGGAUUACAGAGUGUGUCAGCGUUGACAGCAGCCGAAGCAAGGCCUUCUUUGCUGUCCAGAGUAGUCUUACAGAGGUCGACUUGCAGACUUUGCAGAUCGUGAGCAACCAGCCUUACGAGUGGACUAUUACGACCAUGUCCGAGGCGCAGCCCACAGUACCUCUCACAGUCGGAACAUUUAAUGGCAUCCAUCUGCACGAUUGGCGAAUUCUUAACAAGGCCCGGCAGGACCAGAACGAGCGCGUGGACCUGUACAAUGGUUUGGAGCCGCUGGACUUUUCUCGCGUUCUUGAUCCGAGUCCGCUUCCUCUAUAUGCGCCUCUUACCCAGGCUGGACCUCAGAGCAUUCUUCACAUGGAGAGCUCGGGACACAAGGAUCUGAUUUCGGACGACAUUAUGGUGGCCGGUCGAUUCGCUAGUAUCCUGCACUACGACCGUCGCAUGUUUCCAGUCAUCAAGGGAUCUAUCCACUCGGGGUCGAGACUGUGCAGUCUUGCAUCUCUUCCUUAUCCAUUUUCCUGUCUGGAGAGCGAUCUGCGGCGGCGCGGCGAGCUUUCAAUAGACCAAGUCAACAAGGCCAAAGGCGUGGUUGGAGGCCGUACAUUGAUUGCGGGUGGAGAGUACAACACGAGGGGCUCACUUGAACUCUAUGGCCUCUCGCAGCAGUCCGAACAGCCAGGCAGCGAUUACGGCAUGGUACAAAACUCGGCUAUGAAGAACCGGCAGACGGCGUCCGCGGCGAAGCUUCUCUCGGUCAUUAAUCACGGGACGCGAAUCGCCUACUCGGACGGUGACGGGCUCGUCAAGUGGGUCGAGCGAGACGGGUUUACAGAAGUCCGUCGACAUAAGAUUGGUCACGGUGAGAAGGUAGCCCAAGGAUCGCUAUUCGCUUCAAUGCCAGGUUCGGACGAGAUUGCUCGUAAGCUCAUGUCGACACGGACUGUCAAGGCUGGUGCAGACGAUGAUGUCAAUAACGAGGACAUUCUUUUCUGGACUGGAGAGAAGCUAGGCAUUGUCGGUUUCUCGUCGCAGCCUGGCUUUACGGCGGAUGAUUUCAAGGUUGACACGAGAACACCCGAGGAGAUUGCUGUUCAGCAGAAGGCGGAUCUGUACAAUGAGGAGAUGAGGCAGGUCAUGGAACGACAUGCGAAUGACGUUAGAUAUGCUCGAUUCCUGGGAAGUGGCGUCAGACAUUAA